CCGGAGCGGCCGCGGGCAUGGGAGGCGCUGCCUGGCGCUGGGCGCUGCGCGCCGCCCGCCUCCUGCCCGGCGCCGGCGGCGGGAGGGCUCCGGCGGUGCGGCGGGGUGUCCCGGGCUGCGCACCCGCCGCUUGCGCCGCUCCGUCCGCCGGCUCCGCGUCCUCAAGCUCUGGGGAUGAGGCUCUGAGGGACAAACGUGCUCGGAUCCUGUCACGAGGGCUGCCAAAGCAGAAGCCCAUAGAAGGAGUUAAGCAGGUGGUGGUUGUGGCCUCUGGAAAAGGAGGAGUUGGAAAAUCAACAACAGCAGUAAAUAUAGCCCUCGCCCUAGCAGCAAAUGAUUCGGCCAAAGAAGUUGGUUUGCUUGAUGCAGACAUAUAUGGACCUUCAAUUCCAAAGAUGAUGAACUUAAAAGGAAACCCAGAAUUAACACCAAAAAAUCUAAUGAGGCCCCUUAAGAACUAUGGAAUCGCAUGCAUGUCUAUGGGUUUCUUGAUAGAAGAGACUGCCCCGGUUGUGUGGAGAGGGCUCAUGGUAAUGUCAGCUGUUGAAAAAUUGUUGAGACAGGUUGACUGGGGUCAACUGGACUAUUUAGUGAUUGACAUGCCACCUGGGACUGGGGAUGUACAGCUGUCGGUAUCACAGAAUAUUCCGAUUGCAGGAGCUGUGAUUGUCUCCACUCCACAAGAUGUGGCUUUAUUGGAUGCACACAAAGGAGCUGAAAUGUUUAGAAAAGUCCAUGUACCUGUUUUAGGACUAAUUCAAAAUAUGAGUGUUUUCCAAUGUCCCAAGUGUAAGCAUGAGACACAUAUUUUUGGAAAUGAUGGCGUAAAAGAUCUGGCAAAAACUCUUGGAUUGGAUAUUUUGGGAGACGUUCCACUGCACAUCAAUAUACGGGAGACGUGCGAUUCAGGACAGCCUGUUGUGGUCUCUCAGCCUCAAAGUGAUGCUGCUAAAGCCUAUCAAAAGAUAGCUAUGGAAAUAUUAAGAAGACUACCAGUACCUCCUGCUUGAAGCAUUUGCCACUGAAAUUAAGCAAAAAAUGAUCUUUGAUGCAGCCAGUGCAGAAGAGUCCUGUUACCUAAUUACAUGGAGGCCAUAUAUUAGUUCUGAGAAUUUCUUUGGGAAUUAAUUUACCAGAGGUUAAAUUAUGAUUGUGAUAGUUACUGUUUUUCACAUCAUUGUUUGGCCAUGUCGAAAAGGAUUCAAGUGUGCAAAUGAUGAUAGACAGUAUUUAACUGCUGAAUUGUAACAUCGUCAAGCAAGAAGGGAUGAAGUACAUUUUUUCCAUGUGCCCUAUUUUAAAGUCAAGAAUGAAAAACAGCCUCUCCAUGCAAGGAGAACGAUGGUAUGCCAAGACAUAAAUUUAAUUUUUUAAGCAGGAUUUUCAAUAUUCUAAUUUCCUUCAGUUUUUGUUCCUAUUUUUACGUGGUUAGCUAUCAAACUGACCUUAAGUUCUGCGAGAUUUUAAGAAGCAAAAUCAGUUCUGUAACUGCUGUACUUUUCUGUGUUCAUCUUAAAAGAAGAUUUAAAAAUUCCACGUACACUCUGAAGAGUUCUUGUGAUGGAUGAUGAACAAAUUCAUUCAUUAUUGGAUAAAGUUUGAUCGUGAGGCAAUUCGCAGUUCAGUGGAGAAUGGAUUACGUGACCCUGGGGCUUAUUUCUCAACUGUUUUACAUUAUAAUGAACCCAGACAGAAGACAAGGUAACAGAGGUCUUCACUGAAAACCAGAUGUUUUUCCUGAGCUCAGAUUGCCACAGAAUGCGAAUGAUCAAGAUAAAUUAAAUUUAUGAUUGCGUAUUCCUGCUACAACUCAGCAACUUGGAAUUUGAAUAUAAAGAUGUAUUUUUGAAGUAAAGAAAUAUUUGGUCUUCAAACUGCGUGGCCUUCUGGUUUAUUUUUUCAUUGCCUGUGAUCUUUGUGUUGGUGUGUGGAAGUGAAAGAUUAUGCCUUCAGGGGAAUGAGCUUUCAUUUACAAUUAGAUCUUGGAGCUGACAUUUAGGCUUUUCCAUCUACACAGUCAAGUAUCGGUAUCUUAAACGUACAUUGUAACCCUACCAGAGAGUGAAGUUAACCAUGCUAGGGAGUUCUGCUAUUGACCUCUGAGAGACCAAGUUUUUCCCUGUUUUCCAAGUACUUAGUCAGGAUUUUGGAUGUAUUUUUUCUUGUUGAAGUGAUACAACAUAAAAAAAUUGUAUACAUUUACAUUAAGAAUAUUUAAGUAAUAUUCUUACCCAGAGUUUAGAUGAAAAAUCUAGACACAAGUGAUGAGUUGAAUUUCAAGCUUAGGUGAUUUUCUAAAUAUGUAAUUUAUAUAGUCCGAAUGUUGAUUUUUUUUGCAUCAGGUCAAUCUCUGAACCUCCUUCCCUGCACCUUCCCCCAUGAAAUCUCAUACCAGUGGUCAGCUUUUUCAGUAGCAUUUUAUUGUGGUCUGUAGAAUUGACAAAAUAGUCAAUUCCUUUCAGUUGUCUGAUAUAUUUUACAAAACUUAAAGCUGGCUUAGUGUUCUGCCUAUGAACGCUGCUUAGUGUUCAUAGUUUAUUGAUAGCAUUUUUUAAAAUUAAGUUUUGUCUCUACAUAUUUUUUAGCUUUGCUUUGCAUAGCAUAAUUGUUGAUAUACAUAUCUGUAAAUAAUCCUGUGGUGGUUUUGGCUAGUAUAAUCUUAUAUUUCAGUGGAACAACUGGAAUUUCUGACUGUUUUUUAGCAAAAGACAGUGACAUGAUCUGAGUGUAAAUAUUUGUAAUUCUCAUUCUGUUAAAAAGUUUUUGAAUGUCUGACAGCCAGUUCAUAUUGAGCCUGGAUGAUAUACAGAUAGGUGGUUGCUCAGCCCCCCUUUUGUUUCUUAUUAUUUCUUGAUUUCUUGGGUUAGUUGAAGGAUGACAUUUGCUUUCAAGUUUUCUUUUAUUUUACUUCUUUUUACCUUUUUUCCCCUUUUAAUUAAGUACUGUUGUUUUGCUCUGUUGAAACUUUCAGCUGCAGAAUUAUUCUGAAUGCCUUUGUCAAGAAACUGUUAUAAUGAUUAAGCAUAGUUUCUGUGCUAGGCUAAAAAUUCAUAUUUAGUUAACAGUUUUGUGGAAGGAUUACAUAAUGUAGUUGAUUUAUUCAUACAUACAUAUAUAUUUAUUUAUUUAUGUAUAUGUAAUUGUAUGGAAUUGGUAGGACAUUUCUGUGUUUAAGGAUUCCAACAGUCAGCCUAAAUUUAAAUUGAGAACAUAUUUGCUUGAUUUUCCUCAUUCUCAUGAGUGAAAAACUGUUUCCUAGACCUUCUUCUGAAAAGUAAAUGAAAGGCAUUGGCAAAGUGUUAUUGCUUCUUAAUGUUAUGGAAAUACGUAUUCGUAUUUUUUAUUACAUAAUACACUAUUAAAUAUAUAGUAAUGAAUUCCAGUCAACAUGCUACAUUUCAAGUUGUAUUCAUAAAGUCAUGGAUGGAAGUUGUUGAAUGGGGAGUUGGUUGGAUUGGUUGGAGAUUUAGCAGGAGAAGGUGGUAUUUAACUGUAGUUUAUAAAUAUAAAUUAUAGACUUGACACGCAGUGCUGUUUGCUCUUUUCAGCUCCAAUAUUUCACUUUAUUCUAAUUGGUAUUUCCUAGUGUGCUAAUAUGUUUUUGUUCUAAAAAUGCUAAUGCUAGCAGGAGGCCCUGGCUUUUCCAGGCUGUUUGGGUAGAUGCUCUUUGCUCACCAGCAAGGGAGAGUUACUGUGCUCCUGGGUUACCAGCACAGAAUUACUCAAGUCUGUAGCACUGUGAGUUCAGUUGCACACUGGAAAAUCCCAGUGUCUUAGCACAGUGCAUUUCUUGGCUUUCAGAAGUUUUUGGUUUUAAUGAAAAUGAAACUGAAGGUAUAGAAUUGUUUCUGCUAGUGAAGUGUUUUGCUGUUAAUUUUUUACUGCUAUGAAUUGUUCAGCCUCUUAGACUAUGGUUUGUGCAAUACUUAGGUGCUAGAUCCUCACAACAAAAAAACCCUGUGAUUUGAAGUUAUGAGAAAAAAGUAGUUUGCAGGUUACUUUUUGUCUGCUAAUUCAGUUAGGGUUCAGACUGCCACCUGUUUAGUUGCUCUGAUCAUGGUUAUGAACUAAUAAUAAUGCAGGGGAGAAGUUGCAGAAGCAGGUCACUUCAGGGUAUUAAGAAAACACCUCCUGUAAUUCUGAAUUGAUUUCAUACAGUUGGACUCGCUUUGACCAACUGUUGUGUGACAAUUUACAUUUUGGGAUUUUGGUGCUUACAUGCAAAGCUUCUUUCAGAGCUCCCCAGUCCUGACACUGACACAUGAGCUCAGUACCCUACUGCCCAAGUCACAGGAGCUGCUCUUGUCCUUCCAGGUACUGGUGGGGAUAGGAUCUCCAUGCUGGUUUUCCUACAUGAUUGGCAGUACUUGUCCAAGACACAAGAAACUUGUUCUACACCCAGCUUUGGUUAAGAAGAUUCAGAUCCAUAGCUCCUAAACUUAGGAGAGCUCUUCCUCCAGGACCAUCAUGGGAUGUUCAUCACUCCUGAUAAAGCUGUAUUGCUUGUGGAGGAGGUAAAGAAGUGCUAAUCACAGCUGAUUUUUUUUUUGGGCUGGGCUUUCUUUGAUCCUUGCUCCCAACCUUAUUGAUUGCUUUUACCUAAUGAGGCUAUGAAUAAAAUUAUCAAUUCUUAAUUUAGUGUCUGGCAUUUUAGAUGCUUACAAGUUUGAGAUAAAGCUCUGGCGUUUUGUAUUUGGAUUUUGAUACCCACAUAACUUUUUUUUCUCAUGGCCACAUCUGGGCCUAUAUUGGUGUUGUCAUUUUUAUUUAACAGAAAUCCUUCCUGGUGGAGAUGGCUGGGGAAAAGUCUCCUACUUAAGAACGAUUUACCAUAAGAUGAAUCUGAAUUGCUGAUUUAAUUUCGGAAUUGACGUAUAAUGGCAGGAGUUACAGUGAUGAUUACAUUUUAUUUUGGCAGCAUUUCAGCCAAGGCAUUGGUUUGUCAGCCACAUAUCACAAAGCAGCAAAAGAAAAAAUGAAUUCCCAAAGUAGUUUUCAGCCUAAAUUUAAGAUUUGCCUUUUUUUUUUUUUUUGGGUUCUGUUUUACAUUAUAAAGAUAUUAAAAUCUGAAGAAAAAGUAUAUUCCAAGGUCUGUAUUUUUCCAUUAUCUUUGUGUAUUCAGAGAGGAUGAGCACAGCCUGUCCUUCCUUAUGCACCUAUUUGUCUCAGUUUCUGCAUUUGUAUGGGUCUGGAUCUGAAUACCCGCUUUAAUCAAUGCAAAUAAAGGACUUCUCCUA